GAGUAAAUCCUUUUGAGUUAUCCAUAUACAUUAGCCAAUAUUGAGUUAUCCAUAUAUAUUAGCCAAUAUUGAGCUAUCCAUAUUUGCUUGAGCUCAACAAUUUACUAUCAGAAACUUUUUUUUUUGAUAAUCAUGGUGUUCGGUCAGCUUGCACGCACCUCGACUAAUUCCACAGAAUACCUGCCACCUACUACCAGCAACAGGCUCCAGGUAACUUUGUCCACCAAGGCUAGAACAUAUGGGAAUAAGAACAUAUGGGAAUAAAUCACCCCGAGUUUGUAUCUGUUGGAAAUUAAACUUAAGACCUCAUGGUGUUCAACCCAACUUCAUUAAACCACUAAGUCACACUCUUGGUGCUAAUAUCCGACACAUGCCACUUCAACUUUAACUUGCAUACUUAUAUUAUAUAGGGAAGUGUGAUAUAAUUGGUAGUUUAAAGCCAAAUCCGAAAAAAGAUCUUGAAUUUAAUUAGUAAAGUCAGUUUUCUUGCACGGUCGUGCUGAACACAGGACUGUCCUGUGCUCUAACUAGCUAGUAUACUGAGCCACUUAAUUUUCAUACAAAGUUGAUCUUAAAUAAUUUUCAUGAAAUAAUACUAAGACUAGCUUCUGUACAUUAUAAGAGAGUUUGUACGCCAUUUGGUCACGUAUUAAAAGUUAAAUAGGAGAAUUUUAGUAACUCAGUUGUUUGAUUGCAUGAACUUUCACAUUGUUAGUGAGGGUUCGAUUCUCCACUUUAUAAUUCCCUAUCCCCAAUUAUUUUUCUGAAAAUAAAAGUUAAAUUAAAAAAGUCUAAUGGACUAAAGCUACCGCUAUGCACGAAAUUAGAGAAGGGCCAAACCACAAGAAUUUAUCGUACACAGCCUUAUUCUGUAUUUCAGCAGCAAGUUGUUUUACUGAUUGGACUUUGUGACAUUCAUAAAAUGGUUUCACUAGGAUAUAAAUGGUUAUGGCUUAAUAACAAAGAAUACUUGUAUUAAGUGCAUAAAAAGAUUACAUACAUUAUUGCAUUUGAACCCCUAAAAAAAAUGAUGCAAAAGAGCCAAUAAUCCAAAGAAGAAGAUUUCACAAUCAUGUGAACAACAGAAACCAUUAGAAAAAGAUAAUCAGUGUACUUAUGAGAGAAUAUUAUGAGAUUCUUUCUAUAGUUAGUAACGAUUAUCAAUUUUCCACCAGAAAUCCUGACAGCAUUAAGACAAAAGAAUCUGCCAUAAACCUGACAAAACAAAAUAAAACAAGAAAUAGCCUUCGCAAUGACGAAGAAUCCAAAGAAACAACAAAACUACAAAUGCUACAUAAAAAAACUAAAUCAUUUGUCUAAAUGGAAAUGACAAAUUUUUAGCUUGGAUUUUCAAAGAAAAUAAAAGACCAGCUAGAAUGCAUUUAAAAGAAUUUCCAUAUCUAAAAGACAAAGGCCAGAUAAUCUAUUUUGACUUCUUUUGAUAUUUUUAUUUUACUAUUGUCUGCGAACAUGAGAUACAAAAUGAUCCUUAAUUUGUUCUAAAAGAAGAAUUAUUGAACAUAGGAAUUACUGGGAUCAAAUGGAACGAAAUGGAUAGAUUGUUAUUGCUGUUAUUUUCAUUACAGUAAGUUUUAUGUGUAUAGAGAUCACACAAGUUGGUUAGGGGUGGAGCUAGAGUAUCGGUUACGGCCUAGGGAUUAUGCAGAAUUUAUUAGCUUUCGCUAAAAUUCUAUAUUUAUUUUUAAAAAAUCAUCUAAUAUGACAAACUACUAAUUUAAAAUCUAGCAAUCUAAUAAGAUUAGAAUUUAGAAUUCGUAAGUUUCAAAUUCUAGUUUUGUCUCUGAUGUUAGUAGUAGGCAUGGUGGUGCCACACGAGAAGAAGUCACCAUUUACAAGAGUACUACGCAGGUAAUAUGACAUAGGGUUUAAAGGAUGAUACACUCGCUAUAACAAUCGUUUUCUAUAACAGAGCAUUUCACUAUAACGAUCAAGUUUUUUUUGAACCAACUUUCAUAUUAUGUUAUAUUAUAUGUUCUCUUUGAUAACAUCUUGCUAUAACAGCUAAAAAACAUCCGGAUGAAUAACAUUAUAAAGAGAUUGACGGUAUAUAUAGCUUGAGUUUCAUUUUAACCACCAAAUUUGGGAUUUAAAUAAAUCAAUUUAGGAUGAUGAACUAAAGGUAACCAUUGGAUUGGAGAACAGAAAAUCAAGUAGCUGUAAGUGCUAGAUAAAACAUUGAAAGUGUCGAACAAUAUAUUUGUUUUUUCCCUUAUAUUCAUUUGAAGUCAAGAAUUAUGUCAUGUAAAAUCUAUAACCAAAAUACAGGAGUAUUAAAGUGGCUAAUGAACACUCAACUUGGCAUGAAAUAAUCGUUUCUUUUGUCUUGAAUCAAAUUAGCUAAGCUUGUUAACCGAUAAAUCCAAAACAUAGCAAAAUGACAAAAUGCCUCACUACAUUACAUUAUAUAUACUGAAUACUUCUGCAUCCAUUUGUGUGUGGCAAAUUAAGCAUUAAGCAAAGGUUAAAAAACUUACCUUUCUUUGUUCAUAUUUAGUUAGAAAGAAAUUAAAACAUACAAUGGAUUUGAACAAAGAGUCAUAUCUAGUUAAAUCUGAGAUGGUGAGCUCUGGAAAAAGAAGCAUGUCCAUGGUGGAUUAUGACAUUCCAGAGACCACGAAACGUGUGAAAAGACGAAGAAGGUCACCUCCUGCAGUUGCAGUACUGAAUGAUAACAUUGGCCAACAAGCUGACCAGCAGAAAAUGGACUCAUCUAAAGUUGAUCAAAAUAUUGCUCAUACACCUACUGUGAAGAGAAGUUCAAGAUUCAGAGGAGUUAGCAGGCAUCGAUGGACGGGGCGUUAUGAGGCUCAUUUGUGGGACAAGGGUUCUUGGAAUGUGACUCAGAAAAAGAAAGGAAAACAAGUCUAUCUUGGAGCAUAUGAUGAAGAAGAAUCUGCAGCAAGAGCAUAUGAUUUGGCUGCAAUUAAAUACUGGGGCACAUCAACUUUCAUCAAUUUUCCAAUAUCUGAUUAUGAGAAGGAAAUUGAAAUAAUGCAAACUGUGACUAAGGAGGAGUACUUAGCCUCUUUAAGAAGGAGAAGCAGUGGUUUCGCCCGAGGUGUAUCUAAAUACAGAGGAGUAGCAAGGCAUCAUCACAAUGGCAGAUGGGAAGCAAGAAUAGGGCGAGUUUUUGGAAACAAAUACCUCUACUUAGGUACUUACAGUACUCAAGAGGAAGCAGCUCGAGCUUAUGAUAUUGCUGCAAUUGAAUACAGAGGGAUUAACGCGGUAACUAAUUUUGACUUGAGCACUUAUAUCAGAUGGCUAAAACCAGGCGUGAAUACCCAGAUGGCAUUUCAAGAACUGAGGUCAGAAAACCAGGCGAUACAAACCAACACUAACGACAUGAUUAACCCAGUAAAUGACCCUCAAUUCUCUUUUGGCUCCAAUUAUUUUGCCACAACAAGAGAAACUCUGCCCCCUAUUCCACAGAGCCAAGAACCUAUUGAGAGAAAAAUGCCCUUAAGUCCCAAGCCAUCUUCACCUACAGCUCUCAGCCUUCUGCUUCGAUCCUCCAUGUAUCGCGAGCUUGUGGAGAAGAACUCUAACACUAGUGCUAGCGAAAAGGACAAGCCAAACAUGAACAAACAACAAGCAAACACAGAAGAUGACUUUGUGUUUUACACAAGUGAUAAGUUGCCUGCAUUGGCGUCAAUGGACAAGGGUACUACUUCAUCUCCUUUGUGUGAUAGAGCAGGGCAGUCCUUUUGGGAUGUGAUGCCUUGAAAUCACUUAACAUUGUAACAAUUCAGAGUGAAAAAUAACUGAAACUUUGUAGUCAUCUAGGAAUAGAUGAGAAGUAGUUUCAUCGUAGGACUGUAUAUAAAAUGAACAGAGGGAAUGCAAGUCUCUCUAGUCCCAAAGAAAUCAGAGCUAUCAAAUGUUUUUAGACCUGGAAAGAUAUACAGUUGCAAUUUAGAAUAAUGGCUCACGAAUAUUGGUUUGCAUUCAAUAAUACAUUUUGUUUAUAUGUUAGUUCCUCCUGUGUUUGCUGUGAAAACUUUAAUAGCAGAAUUAGGAACUACUUUUGCUAGAUAACUAUGGGAAAGUCCCACAAGUGGACUGUUCCAUAUGU